AUGUCACUCAAGAAAUCAAAAUGGCACUGUCCACUUAAAUUAACUCGACCAACACUUCCUUUGGAUGAAGAAAACGUAAUUGAAUAUCAACCGAAAACACUUAAUCAUCAUAAUCAAGGACGCCGACAAUUUUUACCGACGUUUCCAAAUCAAACAAAUCAAUCGAUGCAAAAUGCACCACUACUUUUAGCUAGUGUACCAGCAGAGAAGUUAUCGCGCAUUGAAUUAACGCGACGAGAUUCAGGCGUUUAUCCUGAUCCAAUAAACUCGAAAUCUAACCAACAAAUACCGUCUUAUCUCUAUUUAAUUUAUGAUAAUUGGCUUGGUCAUUUUAAAACACGUUUAAAUGUUGAUACAUCCAUUCUUGAUUAUAAUUUAUAUCGGCUAUUUCAUAUAAUUGAACUUUUCAUUAGUAAAUAUCGUACAUAUGAAGGUUCAGAUUUUCUAUUUGAUCAUCAUUUUAAAGUUCCACUACAUGAAAAAUUUUUACGGCGCUUACAUAUAUAUGAAUUAGUAAUUUUAUUAGAAUUUUUCUUACAGCUUGAUGUCGAUAUGUUCUUUAUGAAAACAUGUGCAUUUCGCAUACCUGAUGGAUUAUUGAUAAAAACUGGAUUAUUUUAUACGGAUGAUAUGACAAAUUCCUUGUAUCACGAUAUGAAACCAUGCCAACGAUUAUUUUGUACUUUAUGUCAAGCAAAAAAUGAUUCAGAUUCUGCUAGUUGUACUACAAUUGAAUUUUCAACAUCAGGACAGAAACAUCGUUUUGUUAAUGGCUAUGAAGCUGUACUAAAUUGUCCAGCAAAUUGUCAAACAAAUAAUAUAAUUUAUGUUUUAACAUGUGCCUGUGGUGAAUAUGACUAUAUUGGCUCAACACGAUAUUCAUUAAAUGAGGUCAUUGAAUACCAUCGACAACAUGUCAACCGUCUGAUUAUUGAAUAUUUAUUAAACGGCGAACCGUUUCCGGUUCUAUGUACAUGUACCGAAAAUGAAAUUGAAAAACGACGUGCCAAUAAAAAGCGUCUUUAUCAACAUAUUACGCAUUGUACAAAAGCUUUACAAUUAUUUCUCGAAUAUAAUCCUCAAUAUUGGUCAUUCGUUCCCAUGAAAGUAAUUGAUGCACAAUACGAUGAUUUAUCUUACAAAAAUAUAUCAGAUGUCAUUCGGAAAGAAGAUUCAAUAAAAAUUGAAAAUAAUUAUCUUGCUCGUAUUCCCAAACCACCACCAGGCUAUACUUUUUCCCAACGUCAACAAGAUGCACAACGUGAAUUUUUUGGAAAUUUUCAUCCACAACAUUAUCAGUUCUAUUUAUCACUCGAUUUUUAUCGUGCAACUAUUGUUGCUGUUCUACCAUUACAAUGUUCAACAAUGCUUCGGCAUCUGAUUGAGAUUUUAUUUGUUACUCAUGCUGAAACGAAAUUAAAUUGUUUUAAUUUAUUUACAGGUUCAACUGAUCUUUUAUAUGGUUUACCUUAUAGUCAAGGUAGAAUUUGGUGUGAAAAUUUAUUAAGUCCAUCAGUAGCUCGCUUUUUUCCAUCCAAUGAUACAACAACAUUUAUAAAAACGGAAAAAUAA